AUGAAGACAAGUAAAGGAUACGAAAAUCAACCUAAACAGCGACGAUUACCUCAUGAUCAAAAUGGACAUUAUGAAAAGUAAGGAAAAAAAUCAGGCUACUAGCGAUAAGGGUAGCGAAAGUAGCUCUAAAUCCUUCCAAAAAAGCAUGUCACUAAUAACAGAAUGAAAACUUUUUAGCUAUAUGUACUCGCAGAAAGACCCCUCCCCAGAAAAUAAAGAAAAAGCAAUGGAGAGUAUAAAUCGCGCUUCAAUGAAAGGAGGGAUGAUAAAAACGAUGUAAUUGAGAUACAUGCAGACUCUGAAUCGCAACCAUAAGAUUUAAAAGAACCAUAAGCAGGCUUAAAUUAAUUCAAAGAUAUGAAAUAACUUUAGACUAGUUGUUAAAAUUUCUCAAAUUAGGAUAUUCUCGAUAUUGAAGGACUUAAUGCAUCUUCCAAGUAAUAUUAUCUGUAACAAGAAGUAAUCAUACAAGAUAAUUUGAAUUAAGAUUUAAAUGUUGAGUCACUAAAAAGGAAUAUUAACAAUAGACAAGACUUUCAUAAAAAUCUUGAUCCACCUAUCAACUUGCUGUGGUUUAAUAAUCAAAAAUAAUCAAACUAACAAGGACGUGAUGACAUCGUUGAAGUUUAUUAUGAUGAAGAGAACGAUGAGGACGAAUACCAAGAACCUGAGGAGAAUGAGCCGUAGUAAUUUAAUGAGGUUGAUGAAAAUGAAAACCCUGAAGAGCUUAUCGACAUUAUUGAAAUUUGUACACCAGAAGAGGAUACUCUUCUUGAAGUAUUUUUCUGUGAUGAAAGACAUAAUUAAGUUCAAGCUGAGCCCUAUAUUGAAGAGAUAAGACAAAUAGAAAUCAUAGAAGUGUUUAAUGAUGAAUACGAAGAAUAUUUUGCUGAGGCUUUAGGUUUAGAAAUCUAACCCUAAGAGGUGUAAGAAUAUGUAAACUAAGAAAAUAAUCGAAUUCUUGAGCCGUAUUGUAUAGAGCUCCAAUUCUAAUUUAAGUAAGAUAAUAGAUGA